AUGUCAGUGACUAGUGAUGAAGAUAUUUCUUUUUGUGCUUCAUUUUUUAUUAUUCUCACUUCUUUUUUUAAAACCCAUGACCGACGAUUCUGUUCAUAUCUAUCUCUCUAUCUAUCUAUCUAUCUAAGUCUGUUCAUAUCUAUCUCUCUAUCUAUCUAUCUAUAUCAGUCUGUUCAUAUCUAUCUAUCUAUAUCAGUCUGUUCAUAUCUAUCUAUCUAUCUAUCUAUCUAUGUCUGUUCAUAUCUAUCUAUCUAUCUAUGUCUGUUCAUAUCUAUCUAUCUAUCUAUCUAUGUCUGUUCAUAUCUAUCUAUCUAUCUAUCUAUGUCUGUUCAUAUCUAUCUAUCUAUCUAUCUAUGUCUGUUCAUAUCUAUCUAUCUAUCUAUCUAUCUAUCUAUCUAUCUAUGCCAUCAAAAACAAAGACAAAACAAAUUUGUGACUAAAUCACUCAUUCUUUUCUUCUAUCUAUCUAUCUAUCUAUCUAUCUAUCUAUCUAUCUAUCUAUCUAUCUAUCUAUCUAAUUUUUACACAUAUAAACAGAUAGAUAGAUAUAUCUGUCUCAUUUUAUUUUCGUUCUUUGAAAUAUUUCUUUUCCUUGCUUUCAUUCAUUCUCUCUCUCUUUCUUUCUUUCUUUCUUUCUUUCUUUAA